UAACCCACAAUUAGCCCAAAGUUUCUUACGGCAAUACGAUAGAUACUUUGCAAACGUACAUCCCAUCCUACCAGUCGUUGAUAAGACUGAAUUUAUUGAUCAAUAUCGUGGUAGAAUGGAUGCGUUCCCUUCUGGUGAUCUGCUGAAUGCCAUGUUUGGUGCAGCCGCUCGAUUUGUAGAACACCAAAGAACAGGUUAUGAAGGACAAAGAGAGCUGCCUUCGGAUGUGAUGUUGGAUGUGUCUAUUGGAUGGUCAAACAGCUUUUUUGAUCGAGCAGAACAUCUGCUACUGAACUGGUCGACAACACCAACGCUUUCAAAAAUUCAAACAAUUCUGCUCAUAUUAAAUACCCGUCCAGAUCGCAACAUCAAGUCAUCUGAUUCAUGGCAAAUGGGGGGCUUUGCUAUUCGCCUUGCUCAUCUUUUAGGCCUCCACAAAAGCUGUGAUCAUUGGGAUAUUCCCGACCGAGAAAAGGAGACUAGAAAAAGAGUGUGGUGGACACUUUACAUCACAGAUGUGUUCCAAACAGCCAUGCUUGGCAGAGGUGUUAAUCUUAGAGAUGAGGAUAUUACUGUAGGGUAUCCAGAUGUUACAGCAGAUUGGGAAGAAGUAAUGGAUGCAUACGAGAUAGACAAAGACAAAAUACUAAGCAAGCAGCCUUUUCCUCGCUUUCCUUCACUAAGCACGCCUUUUAAAAUUACAGUUUCUGUAGGAAAGCGAGCGCCAAUAUACGAACUCUUUUUGUCACUUGUAAAGUUAUCACAAAUUAACAGCCGGAUCCUCUUGAGUCUACAUUCACCUAGAGCGCGACAAUAUAGCUACGAACAUGGAAGCGAUAAUAUAGUAGCCACUCUAGACCAUGAGCUCACAGAGUGGCGAUAUUCGUUUUCAAGGACUGUAAGAAAUAGUAAAAUACCAGACUUCAAUCACCAAAAGGGAUACUUUGCACCAGCUCUUCCAUAUUGUUACUUUAUUUUAGUACACUCAUUUUACUUCAUCAACCCUUUCUUAAAAAGACAGCCUCUAAAUCAUCCACUACAUCACAACAGAUUUGUACGAAUGCGGCUAAAGGCGGUAUGCGCAUAGCAAAAGGAAUGGGCAUUAAAGAGUUUCUAAUGUGUCCGUACGCUGCCGUCACUUAUUCUCUUCGACAUUUUGGCCUGAUCCUAAUUAUUAAUGCAAAGAAUCCGAACCCUGAAAUUUCAGUAACGGCAAAGGAAGAGCUGAAACAAGGCAUGGCUCUAUCGCAAAUGAUAGAACCAAUGUCGUUUGGAGCGCAUCAUACAAACAGGUUUUACACCGUGUUAAUAAAUCAUUUAGAAGAAUAUGAAAAGAGCAAGAGUGAAUAUCCCAAGCUUAAUGCCAAUAUGGGAUAUGCAUCACAAGCAGACAACACCCAGCAGCAGCAAGGUAGUAUAGAACACUCUGGCGCGGCGCCUAUGAAUACAGGGCCGCUUUUGUUUCCAACGCUCUCACCU